ACAGAGACUUGCCAAUACUGCCACCAGUCUGCUCUGCCACUGCCAGUGAUCAGCUGCUAUAGUUUAUGCAAUAGUCAACAGGCACGGAACAGAACAUAGUAGCAUGAAUCAAUAUACAUAUCAAAAUCGUAAUAACGCAAGAAGCGGCGGAUAUAGAGGAAAUACAAUAAAUCAAAGGAGCAAUAUGACGGACAGCGAGCAAACGAAUGAAAAUGAAUGUGAGACGAACUCACCUGGUAACGUUACGCAAAACCCUCAGAAUCAGCCAACACAUGCUGAUGGAUUCACCAGGAUACCACCAAAUGAAUCAAGACGGAGCAAACUGCAGAGGAUUGCACAGAAAGAAGAGGAGGAUCUGAGGAAAUGGAAGGAAGAGAAUCGUCCUGGUCCCAUUCACCUACCACCAGAGCAACUUGGUGGUGCAGUAUCAUUGGCAGAAGUUAGACAGAGACAGCAGAUGGAAGCACGCCAGUCAAAGCUGAAAAAAAAGCUCAUGAAAGAGGAAAUGGAUAGAAAAAAGAGACAGGCAGAGGAGGAGGAGAUUGAGAAGAUGAAGGCCAUACAGCGAGAGAAGGCCAAUAAGCUAAAGAUGAGAACAACGCAAGAAGAGGAACAGAGACAGGAGCGGUAUCAGCACGACAAGCAAAAGAAAACCGAGGAGUUUCUUCAAAGAUUUGAGAGGUCCAGCAGUACCGUUUCUAUGGCAUCAAGCAAUAUCAUACCAGCAUCAUCCUGGGGUAAAUGUCAUGAGUACAGGGAUUCCAGAAGAGAGGAGGAGAACGCAGCCCUGCUUAAGAUGAAAGAGGAGCAGAGGAGAAAGACAGACAUUCUGGAGGAAAAACAAAAACAACAGGAGGAGGACAGGAAGAGACGGGCUGAAGCUGACCAUCGGCGGGUGAACUCGGCCUUCCUAGACCGUCUGGAGGCGAGAAAUUCAGGUAGGGUGUCUGAACCCGUGACCCAAACCCCUGAAAGCAGUAAUGUCUGGCUGGAUGAUGAUGACAAACCACAGGAUACAGCCUUAUCCACAGCACCCAACCCAUCACAGGUCCAUACAGACAGUGCAGAGGAGGAUGAUUCUGACCUUGUGUGGAACCUGAUGAAACUUCAGAAUAGGUUUCCAUACUAUGACAGAGGUAUGCUGGAAGACAUCGUGAAAGAGUGUAAUGGUGAUUACCAGCAAGCAUAUGACCUGCUAAAUGUGUAAAUAAACACUUGUGUGUGGUGUGUGGUGCUGAAUGAUAGCUGAAAAUUCGGCUGUUAUUUACACACCCAAAUGUUGUUUUGUGAGUAAAUAAUGUUUUUUUGUGUGAACUGUCCAUUUAAUUAUUGAAGGCGCUGGGCAUAAACAAAACAUUCUAGUGUCCUUUGAACUGAAACAAAAACUUCUUUUUUAGUUUGUGCAGUUAUUUUUGUUCUGACAUAAAAUGGAUUGACACUAAGCCACAGAGAAAAGAAAUCAAAACAAUAAAUCAAGAUUUGAGUCUGCUGUGGGAACGUUUAUGGAUCCCAUGAGUACAGUUCACAGACUAAAUGAUGUAAAUGAUGUGCAUUCACAAAAUCCAAAGGCUAAUUUAUAAUGAGGUAUAGGACUAAAGGAAUUCUGAACUCAUCCACAAUAGGGAUGGACAGUGAAAAACCAUCAUACAGAUCAUUAGCUUCCUGAUUGCUGUAUAGGCUCCUGCUAGAUCUCUACAUGAAUUUAAAAAGGCUGCCUCUGUUUAUGUGAAAUAGUGCACAACAGUCGCAACAUAGAGAAACUGAUUUACUUAUAAACCUUUAAAGACAAACCCACUGUGAACUACAAGGCUGUUAAUCAAUGGAAUAUUCUUUUGUUGAAGCCAUCAGCCCACAUUAUUUCAAUGUAUUUUUAAAGGUGCCCUAGAAUUAAAAGUUGAAUUUAUCUUGGCAUAGUCAAAUAACAAGAGUUCAGUACAUGGAAAUGACAUACAGUGAGUCUCAAACAACUUCUCAUAUAAAUCUCAU